UAUAAUUUCACUUAUAAAUAAUAAUAAAAAUAACAAUAACGCAUGCAUGACAUAGAACAACAAACUAGUUUAUUAUAAAAAAAUAAAUAAAAAAAAAAAUUAGAAUCACAAGUUCAAUAAACCUAGCAUAAACAACACUUGCCUUUAAAUUUUUUGGUCGGUCUUCCCUACUUAAAGUAACCCUUUAAAAAAAGGGUACUCUUCCAAAACCACAAACCCAUUUUUCCACUUAUCUUUUCCAUUCACAUCAAUUACACUAUUUUGCUUAAUCUUCAAGCUCCUCCCAUAAAUUGGAGGAGAUUCAAUCAAUAGUACACAAAAAAAAAAAAAAAAAAACAAAAAAAAACAAAAAAAACACAAACCAAAAAUAACAAAAAUAUGGCACUAAAAAUGGCCAUAUGUUGUUUUACCAAUACUCUUGACACAAAUGAUGAACUUGUUCAUCCUAAACAAACACCUUCACCUUCUCCUCAUAGAGUAUCCCAUUUAGGCAUAACCAAUAAACUUAACAUUAGCUCGGAAAUCUCGAUCAACGAGCUUUCGAACUCGAUUCCGGGAUCAAACCUACAUGUUUUUAGCCAUGAUGAGCUUAGGUUGAUCACUAAUAACUUCUCAUUGAGUAACUUCCUUGGUGAAGGUGGAUUCGGCGCGGUGUAUAAAGGUUUCUUACAUGAUAAUCUUAGGCCUGGUUUAGAGGCUCAAGCUGUUGCUGUUAAGGUCUUGGAUUUGGAAGGUACACAAGGUCAUAAAGAGUGGUUGGCUGAAGUGAUAUAUCUAGGACAAUUAAGGGACCCUAAUUUGGUGAAGCUAAUUGGGUAUUCAUGUGAAAAAGAGCAAAGACUCCUUGUGUAUGAAUACAUGGCUAGGGGUAAUUUGGACAAGCAACUUUUUAGCAGACGUUCUAUUCCGUUGCCAUGGUUGACAAGAAUCAAAAUUGCAUUAGAUACUGCAAAAGGCUUAGCUUUUCUUCAUGAACUCAAUACACCCGUCAUUUUCCGGGAUUUCAAGGCCGCAAACAUACUCUUAGAUGCUGAUUAUACAGCUAAACUAUCAGAUUUUGGGUUUGCUAGAGAUGGACCAGAUGAAGAUAAGACUCAUGUUUCUACCAAAAACAUAGUGGGCACUAAAGGGUAUGCCGCCCCAGAGUACAUUAUGACAGGUCAUUUGACAACUAUGAGCGAUGUUUACAGUUACGGGGUAGUCCUAUUAGAAUUACUAACAGGUCGAAGAUGCAUGGACAAGAAGCGUCCGAAAAAAGAGCAGAGUUUGGUAGAUUGGGGAAGGCCACUACUAAAAGAUCCUCGAAAAAUCGAAGGCAUAAUGGACCCAAGACUAGACGGGCAAUACUCGAUAGAGGGGUCGAAAAUCGCAGCACUGUUGGCAUACCAAUGCCUAAACAAGCAUCCUAAAACAAGGCCUAAAAUGAGUGUAGUGAUCAAGGUGUUGGAACCACUUUUGGAACUCAAUGACAUGCCAUUUGGGGGGCCAUUUGUGUAUGUUGUACCAAAAGAAGGUCAGGAAGUAACCAAUAAUAAAGAGCAAUCAUUAUUGUGUGAUGCUAAAAAAGAGGAUAACAUUUAUAAUAAUGUUAAUAAUGAAAUAAAUGAAGUGGUAAACGUUGAAAUAGUGGAAGAAAAGGAGGUUGAACGAGAAGAAAAACAAAAGAAUGGACAACAAAGAAGGUCACAAAGAUCUAGGGCAGUCAAAUCUGAUUCAGCUCUUUGUGAAGUUCGAUAGGAGUUUUUAAUUUGUCCUAAUUGUGUUUGAAUUGCAACAAGUGUACAAAAUAAAUUUUUUUGUUUGUUAAUUGUAUUUAAGUUUCAUCAGUUGUAAGUUUACUCAGCUCAAAUCUUUAGAGUAUUCAUUAGAUAAGGACAGAUAAUGGAAAAAUCAAUAAUUUAUUUUA